GAUAUUAAAUGAAGCUAGGGACACUUCUAUAUACUUCUAAACAGAAAAGAGUUAAGAAAAUCAGUUAAGAACUUGUGGUCUAGAGGAGAAUAAAAUAAAGAUUUUUACAUUUUAAUAAGAUAUUUAUAGUAUUUUUAAAAAAAGCAUAUAAAACCAGUAAUACAGAAGUUAAUGUUUUGUUUUGUUUGAAAUGGACCAAGUGGGUGGUACCUUCCAGUGUUCGGGUAAGCUCAGCCACGUGACGUGGAGAUGACCAAUCAGGUGCACCUCCAGGUUUAACUACGUUAAAUGUCAGAUUGCAAUAAACUAGAAGCUGUUGGUCUGGCCCGCGGAAAUGGGCGAGCAUAAUCUUCUUAAUCCUGGGUUUGUGGGACCUUUGGUAAACAUCCACACUGGAGACAGAUUUUACUUCCCGAAUUUUAGAGCCUCAGGGGGACAGCUGGCGGGGUUACCGUCUCUCUCGUACCCUAGAAGGGACAAUGUUUGCUCUCUCCCGUGGAAUCCAUCGGAGUCGUGCAAUGGAUAUCCUCAGUCUUACUUUAGCAGUCCCGUAUCCAUUAACCCCUCUUUUAAUCGAUCUUGCGAAAUAACCCGACUGGAGGAAAGCAAAUGUUAUUAUGGCAAUUCCAGCAGCACCAGAGAGACUUGCUCAGACAGCAACAGUCUCAAGCGAGAGGAACAAGCAAGAGAUACAUCAGUAUCGUCUGAUCACGGGAUGCACAAUGGGAUGGGCAACAGUGGCACCUUCUCAAAGUAUGAUUAUGGUACUGAGCAUCUGACCCAAGACCCGCCAUCCUGUCAAUCUUUGGAGUCUGACUCCAGUUCUUCAGUGCUCAACGAAGGAGGGAAGUCUUCAGCAAGCGACCCACAAACCCUUGGAUCGCAGGGAAUCCACGCAAGCAAUAUCGCCAGUGGAGGAGGUGCCCCGUGGUACCCGAUGCACACCCGGACCCGCAAGAAGCGAAAGCCCUACUCCAAACUUCAGCUGGCCGAACUUGAGGGGGAGUUCAUGCUUAACGAGUUCAUCACCCGGCAGCGACGUAGGGAACUGUCUGACAGGCUCAGUCUCAGCGACCAACAGGUUAAAAUUUGGUUCCAAAAUCGGCGGAUGAAGAAAAAAAGACUGUUGUUGAGAGAGCAAGCUUUGUCAUUCUUUUAAGGAGAUACUUAGUAUCCACUGCUUAAUGGUAGUCCAGUGUCAGUAUUUACUUAAUGGUAAUCUGGCAUAGCCUAUUUUACUUUCAAGGUCUUGUCCUUUAUUAAGAAAACUAUGCGAAUAUGAAACAUUCAGAAACAUUUUAGGGGCACGCGACCAAACGAUGGCUCUAAAACUCUGCUAUUACUCUAUUUGUGGUCUAGUGUUCAUUUAAACGUGACUGUGCCCAACAAUUUUGGGUAUUUGUGGCAAUGUCUUAUUCCAAGUUUUGAAAUAAACAAGCCGUCAACUCUCACUUUAUUCAUUAUUGCAAUGAACUGCUAGUUAGAAAUUCAGCCAAAUAUAAGCUGUGAGAUAGCAUUUCGGAUAAAUAAAAACGUUUUAUUAUCUGUCUUAAUGAUACUGACAUGAAACUAUUUAUUACAAGAGUGUUAAAACGAUUAUCAAAACAGCAUAGUAAAAUCAUUUCGAGUCAAAGUCAGUGUUCUGUUUUGUGAUUUUACAAAUGGUCUUACCCAUAAG